AUGGCUAUCACGAAUGGUGUUAACGGCAUCAAUGGUACCAACGGUACCAACGGUACACAUGUUAGCAAUGGCACUACCAAUGGUGUCAAUGGGCAUGGACAGGAUUCUGCGGAACUCUGGCGACAUCCCCGUCCAGAAACAACAGAGUUCUAUGCCUUCCAACAACACCUCAUGAAGAAAUACCCUAUCCACUCGGAUAGCUAUACUGAUCUGUGGAAAUGGAGUAUCGACAAUCCUGCAGACUUCUGGGAAGAGAUCUGGCACUAUACAGGCAUCAAGGCACACAAGACUUACGACUCGGUCCUUGAUACAUCGGCCCCAAUGUUUCCCAAGCCGACGUUCUUUCCAGGUUGUGAGCUCAAUUUUGCAGAGAAUCUCUUGUUUCCAACAUGCAACCCUUCCCCAGAAUCGCACGCCAUCAUCGCAGCUACCGAGGAAACCCGAGAACAAGUAACAUGGUCAGAGCUGAGAGAAAGAGUGCGGGUUUGCGCCGCCGCGAUGACAGCCCACGGACUUCAGAAAGGCGAUAGAGUGGCAGGAUAUCUCUCAAAUCAUGCCAAUGCGGUAAUAGCAAUGCUGGCUGCUACAUCCUUGGGCGCUUUAUGGUCUGGCGUCAGUCCGGAUACAGGAGUCCAUGCCGUUCUUGACCGCUUGAAGCAGAUCGAGCCUGUUCUACUCUUUGCUGACAAUGCCGUCACAUACAACCGCAAAGUUCACGAGACCCAUGCCAAAAUCUCCCAAGUCGUGGCUGAGUUAUCCUGCGUUAGAAAUCUCGUUAUUUUUGAAUCUAUUCCCGACCACAGCUUUGACCUUGCGACACUCCAGACACAUCAAAACACUACGGUAGAAACAUACGCUUCCUUUUCUUCCAAAGGCGACGUCUCGCGGCCACUUCAAUUCACGUAUCUCCCUCCCGACCACCCUGUAUAUAUCCUCUACUCCUCAGGCACGACAGGCGUACCGAAACCCAUAGUGCAUGCGGCACUAGGCACACUUCUUCAACACAAGAAGGAACACCUAAUCUCGUCUGAUAUCAAACCUGGCGAGAGGGUUUUCUAUUUCUCUACCACAACAUGGAUGAUGUGGCACUGGCUGGUUUCCGGACUCGCAAACGGUGCCACCAUCGUGGUCUAUGACGGCUCCCCAUUCCAACCCCACAAAGAAAUGAGUAUGCCACUUUUGAUCGAUGAACUUGGUAUCAACCAUUUUGGAACUUCAGCAAAAUACCUUUCAGUCCUAGAACAAGCCCAGACCUUUCCUAGGAAUGCGUCGCCCCGGUCGGCCACCCUUCAGUCUCUCAAAUCGAUCUUCUCCACGGGCUCCCCUCUUGCUCCGAGCACCUUUCACUACGUAUACAAAGCGCUGUCACCGCCUCCACCUCACCAGGGGAUACUGUUAGCAUCCAUAACUGGCGGUACGGACAUAAUUUCCCUAUUUGCUUGCGGUAGUCCCAUCCUCCCUGUUCAUGCUGGCGAAAUCCAGUGUCCGGGUCUGGGUAUGGCGAUUCGCAGCUUUUCAGCUGACGGCAAAGAUAUUUCGCAAACUGGAGAAGCCGGCGAAUUAGUCUGCACAGUUCCAUUCCCAUGUCAACCCUGUAUGUUUUGGCCUCCUGGCCCGAGCGGCGAAAAACGAUAUAAAUCUUCAUAUUUCGAAGUCUUUACAGAUCAGAAGAGCGGCCACCCUAUAUGGCAUCACGGAGAUUUUGUUCGCUUCAACCCAGCGACGGGUGGUGUAUGGAUGCUUGGUCGCUCCGACGGUGUGUUGAACCCGAUGGGCGUUCGAUUUGGGUCCAGCGAGAUAUACAAUAUCCUGUUGAAACAUUUCAGUUUGGAGGUUGAAGAUGCUUUAUGCAUCGGGCGCAAGCGCGCACAAGAUGCUGACGAGGUUGUGGUUCUGUUUUUGAAAAUGGCUACUGGCCAGACUUUCGGAGAAGACCUUGUCAAGCGGAUUCAGGAUAUGGUCAGGAAGGAAUUGAGCGCAAGGCACGUCCCAAAGCUCAUCGACGAGUGUCCAGCCAUUCCAGUCACCACGAAUGGGAAGAAGGUUGAGGGCGCUGUAAAGCAAAUACUCAGCGGAUUGAACAUCAAGACAAGUGCAAGCGUAGCAAACAGCGAUUGUUUGGAUUGGUAUAGGGAAUGGAGCAACACGCAUUGA